AUGGUUGGCAAGAUGUACGCCGCCCUUUGGGGUCUGUUUGGGAUUACGAGCGCCUUUACUACAGGAGCAAAGGUCCGAAGGGACGAGAUACCUAAAUUCCCGCACGACUCGCAAACUAUUUCGUCUUGUUCGUGGUGGCAUGAUAAUGAUGGGUCAGUUCCCCCCUUCUAUAACAUCGAGCUGCACCAAUUUCCUCACUGGUCACUCCUACUGCGUCGAAGCGUCCGGAGCGACUUCCAGUACAGCCGCUUCCGAUCCAGCAGCUUUGAGCGCAGCGGCCUCCAGCGCGGCAGCAUCCAGUGCAGCAGCGUACAGUUCGGCGGUGUCCAGUAUAGCAGCAUCCAGCGCGGCAGCAUCUAG